AUGGACUCGCCCGUCCUCAACCGGUUGUUUCAACGAAUCUUCCGGCAUCCGACCUGUCAAUCAUUCCGUCGCUACCCAUCCCCGAUAUCGCAGCAAACUCGCUCGUUCCUGACGCGACGCUCGGCCAAUCGCAAAUCGCAAGCGGAUAGCUCACUCUGGAGGAAACGGGGCCAUGCUCCUAAAGAUAUCAGCAAGGAGUAUGAGACAUAUCCAACAGUCACGGCCAAGGACCUCCGCAGCCGCCGUGAGCGGCCAAGGAAGGUGAAGAUGUUGACGCGAGAGUUCGUAGAUGACAGCUUGUACAAUCCGCAUUAUGGUUACUUUUCGAAGCAAGCGACCAUCUUCAGCCCUGGCGAGCCGUUUGACUUCAACAACAUUGACGAUGGGCCGGCCUUCCACCGACUUCUAGGUCAAAGAUAUAUCGAGUUCGAAGACCGUCUCGACGAGAUCAAUCCGAACGAAGCGCGGCAGCUCUGGCAUACACCUACAGAGCUCUUCCGUCCGUAUUACGGCGAAACCAUUGCACGAUAUCUUGUCUCGAAUUACAAACUUUCGUUGUACCCAUAUCAUGACCUGAUCAUCUACGAAAUGGGCGCUGGUAACGGCACGAUGAUGUUGAACAUAUUGGAUUUCAUCCGCGACACCGACCAUGAGGUUUACCAGCGCACCAAGUUCAAGAUCAUCGAGAUCUCACCCGCAUUGGCCGAUCUGCAGUACCAAAAUCUGAUGGAGACACUCGAGGCUCGAGGCCACCGGAAUCGCGUUGAAAUCAUCAAUCGGUCUAUCUUCGAAUGGAACACUUAUGUGCAUUCUCCGUGUUUCUUCUUGGCUCUCGAGGUGUUUGACAAUUUCGGCCACGACACCAUUCGCUACGAUUGUCGCACCGAGCUUCCGCAGCAAGGUGGCGUUCUGAUCGAUGCCGAAGGCGACUUCCAUGAGUACUACAACUUCCAGCUAGAUCCGGUCGCUGCUCGCUUUUUACGUGUGCGUCAGGCGGCAGCUCGACGUCCUUUCCCUAGCCCGUUGGGCCCGAAAUACCUUCGUGGUCUGCGGGUCGCGUCGCCGUUCAUGAAGGACUUUACUCUUCCCGAGUACAUUCCCACUCGACUGAUGCAGUUUUAUGACAUUCUCAACAAGUACUUCCCGGCACAUCGCCUGGUAGCCAGUGAUUUUAACUCACUGCCCGAUGCUGUCCCUGGUAUCAAUGCGCCAGUCGUGCAGACUCGUUAUCAGCGACAAACUGUGCCGGUCACUACUCCCUUUGUCCAUCAAGGAUACUUUGAUAUUUUCUUCCCGACGGAUUUCAAUGUCAUUGAAGAUAUUUACCGUGCGGUGACGGGCAAACUGACCCAGGUGGUGAGCCACGAGGACUUUGUGCGCCGAUGGGCCUACAUCGAGGACACGGAGACUCGCAACGGGGAGAACCCAUUUCUGAACUGGUAUAAAAAUGCCAGCAUGCUGCUGACGGUGUAA